AUGAGUGACGUAUUCGAAGUACGGGAGAAGGGUAUCAUGGAUCUUGUGGACCGGAUGCAACGAUCUGUCGGAUCCAGAGUCACAGUAAUCGAAGCUCCGGAUCCGGAAAGCAUAAGUAAGGCAAAGGUCAUGUACCAGCAAUUGAAGUCCCUGAUCACUAGCGGUCUCUUGAAGCUCGCAUCAAGAUUCAAAGACCAAACUCCAAGCUCACUACCUCAACAUAGCAAUGGUCCAGCGGCGAAAAUAUGUUCUCUUGCGCCUGGCAAUGCAUCACAGCAACAAAUGCUGCAUCUUCUAUCGUGUAUGCACGCCAAUCGCUUCCGGAAGUCGCUUUCUCAGGAUCGUAUUGAAAGCGCCACCUGUGAUCGCACACUGUUCACCUUCAUGCGUGACAAGCAUUCGCGACGCUGGGGUCGCACUAGAUUCGUCCCUUCGCUCAACGAAGUAAGAGGGAUCUUCUUCGUCAAGUUCCGGCUACCAUUGGCUGAGUACCGCUGCAUCCCCGGACCGCCCUCAGUAUGGCCACCAGUCGAUCCACAAUACCUAGCCCAUCUCUUCAAUGAUCCUUCCUGCGUCAAUGAGAAUGACACCUGGAUACUGGACCAGCUACCUCGGCGCAUCUGUGGGGAACUUCAUGGGAAAGCUGGUCAGCCUGCUGAAGGUUGGGGGAUAUACUAUCAAGAAGGGUUGAACUGGAGACUCAUCACGCUUACUAUGGUCGUGGUAUUCAUCUUGGUUAGCUUGUUUGGGGUUCUAUGGGCGUACUACAAGCAGGACAUUCAGGGUGCUUUCGGCCCAUUCGAAACUUACGCCAUAAACGAGAGCCUUAUCUAUAAGCUCGAAACGUCAACUGUCUACGCACCCCAAAGCAGCAGCAUGUUCCAAGACCAUGGAGAUCAAGAUCCGAUACCCACCUUCUACCGCAUCUUUUUCACUUCGAUCGACCCUCUGAUUGCUCUGAGCGGCGCAUACAUGGACAUCUUUGAUCCUGAAACCAUACUUGCGUCUUCAUUCCCACGGUCAUCACUCUACGCGACUCCUACGCCGCCCAUUACCGUUCUGCUGACGCAAGCCAGCGGAGCCUUCAUCAUGAUGGCGUUUCUCAUGGUCUUCAUGUUGCGAUACACUAGCGAUGUGAAGAUUUGGAAGAUGUUUGAGUUUGGCAUUCUGGUUACGGAUUUUACGCUCUUCGGCAGUCUAUACGGUGCUUUGGGUGCGCAAGGAAGACUCGACGUUGGGGCGAUUAGGUGGGAGGAGUGGGGUACGAUUGCGAUUACGGGAUUUGUGACAGUUGUUCGAAUUGCGUUUCUAGUUGGUCUGGGGUUCAAGAAGAAGACGAGAAUUGAAGAGAAGAAGUAUUAA